UACCUCCAUCCGCGAUCGCGAACCACGGGCACCUUGUUCACGACCACGCUCGCCGUCUCGUUCAUAGUGGUUGCUCUCCCUCACCUUUUGCCAUGUCCGGUCGAUCGACGACAGUUUGCCGACAGCUACGAGACCCCUGAUGGCAAGAUUCGCAGACGAAGAAAGCGGAAGGAUAUUGAGAAUGAAAAAGCCGGAGAGUCUGGAUCCAGCGCUGUUGGGAACGCUGCCGCAUCGGAAGAUCCGCCACAACGUGAAUGUCCAAUUCCAAAACCUGGCGGCAUCGUAGGACAGAUAAUGGGUUUC